AUGAACCAAAAAAAAAGAGGUUCACCACCAUUAUCUACUCAUCUUUCAUUAGCUUUAAAUUAUCAACAAGUAUUAAUCCAAGAAAUUUAUAAGGAAGACGGUCUUGUUAUUCUUGCAAGAGGAUUAGGAUUAUUAAAUAUUGUUGCAAAUUUUCUUCAUACAUGUAAUCUUCCAAGGACUCUAACUUUAGUUAUUGGGGCGAAUGGAAGGCAAGAAGAAUUUCUUAAGGAAAUGGUUGAUGAAUUAGCGACAUUGGAUAAAGAAGUGUUAAGAAAAGAAUUUAAAAUUAUAAAUAAUGAAACUGGAUCACCGGAUAAACGUGAAAUUAUGUAUGAUAGUGGAGGUAUUUUUAGUGUGACUUCUAGGAUUUUGGUAGUAGAUUUAUUGACGGGUAUUCUUGAUCCUAAUAAGAUAUCUGGAAUUGUAGCGUUGAAUGCAGAAAAAGCUAACGAAACAUCUUUGGAAGCAUUUAUUUUAAGGAUAUUUCGGAAGAGAAACAAAAUAGGUUAUAUUAAAGCUUUUUCUGAUAAUCCUGAAGCGUUUUCUACAGGAUUUUCUACAUUAUCAGAUAUUAUGAAGGCUUUUUUUUUGAAAAAGUGUUUUUUAUGGCCAAGAUUUCACGUUUUAGUUGCAGAAUCUCUGGAAUCUAAAAAAGUCGAUGUUAUAGAGCUAGAAGUACCUAUGACAGAAGCAAUGAAAAAUAUCCAGCAAGCAAUACUUGAAUGCAUGGAAAUUUGUAUUUCCGAGCUUAAAAGUGCUAACUCUGAUAAAAUUGAUAUUGAAGAUUGGAAUAUAGAUAAUGCGUUACACAAAAAUUUUGAUCGAGUGAUUCGUCGUCAAUUGGAUUUAUAUUGGCAUCGUAUUAGUAGAAAAACUAAGCAACUUGUAUCUGAUUUGACAACAUUAAGACGUAUGUUAUAUUAUCUUUUAUCAUAUGACUGUGUAUCUUUUUAUAAAAUUCUGGAAAUAAUAUUAAUAGCAGAAUCUUCAUCAGAAGACAUGAAACAAGAGCGCUCUCCAUGGCUUCUUCUAGAUUCAGCAAAUAUAAUAUUUAAAUUUGCUAGAGAACGCGUUUAUAAAAGAAGUACAUCAGAGAAUAUAUAUGCACAAGAAUCGUGUAGUUCUAUAUUGCCUGUUUUAGAAAAUCAACCUAAAUGGUUUGUUUUAAAACAGGUAAUGCACGAAAUAGAAAUAGAAAUAAAUUUAAAUCCCGAAUUACAUAAAAACAAUAACUGCGCUGUUCUUAUAAUGUGUAAAAGUGAGCAUGCAUGUAGUCAGAUUCAAGGAUAUCUCGAGGGCUUUGAUAGCAAUAAUGUUUUUCCCGAUGACAAUGAUGAUGAUUCAGAUAAAAUUAGUUGUCCUUUUUUAAAAACAAGAUUCAAAGAAUAUUUAAUGUGGAAACAGAAUUUUUCAAAUGUAAAAUUUGAUUUAAAUAAUAACAACGAUGAAUAUAUAAGUGCUACCUCUGAUAAAAAUCGUAGGACUCAUCACUCGCGUCAAUUAGUUAGUAAAAGAAGGCGUAUGCGAGGUGGUUCGUAUGCUUCAUCGAAUACUUGUAUAAAUUAUUCUCAUAUUUCUUUAAAGGAUGACUUUAAUCAUAAUGAAGUCAUAGAUACUCUAACUAUUCCCCAAAAUGAGACUAUAAGUUCUGAUAAUUAUUCUUUUGAUGAUGAAGACAAUUGUUUUGAGAUUUUAGAUUUAAAUGAUUUAAUAGUUAUAUUACCUUAUAAUGAUGAUAUGGACGAUAUUAUACUUAAGGAACUUAAACCUAGGUUUAUAAUUUUAUAUGAGCCAGAUACCGUUAUUAUAAGAAGAAUUGAGUUGUAUCAUUCCAUUUAUAAAAAUGAGCUUUUGCGUGUAUAUUUUAUGUAUUAUGGAAAUUCUGUGGAAGAGCAAAAAUAUUUGGCUACUGUUAGAAGAGAAAAGGAUUCGUUUGCUAAGCUUGUUAAAGAAAAAGGAAACAUGGCUAUAUUAUUAACAGAGGAAAAAAAUAAUAGUAAUUCUGAACCCUUACUUCCAAAACCUGUUAAUGCACGAAUUGAAGGAGGGGUUAAAUCUAUGGCUAAUGCAGAAUCAUCAAGAAUAAUUGUAGAUAUCCGUGAAUUUAGAAAUCCGUUGCCAUCUUUGUUAUAUAAUUAUCAUGUGAAUAUUAUUCCAUGCCAAUUAACAGUUGGUGAUUACAUUUUGUCAUCUUCAUUAUGUGUUGAAAGGAAAACGAUAAAGGAUUUAAUUAGUUCCUUAAAUAAUGGAAGAUUGUAUCAUCAAUGUGAAAUGAUGCAACAAUAUUAUUCUACUUUUAUACUUCUUAUUGAAUUUAGUCAAAAUAAAUCAUUUAACUUAAAUAAUCCUAAUGAUCUUACAAGUAAUAUUAAUAUUAAUAGUCUUCAAUCAAAACUUGUACUUUUAACUAUAGCAUUUCCAAAUUUAAGAAUUAUUUGGUCUUCUAGUUCUUAUGCUACUUGCGAGAUUUUCCUUGAAUUGAAGAAAAAUCGAGAUGAGCCAGAACUUGUUAAAGCUGUGUCAUUAGGGUUAAGAGAUAGCGAAGAUAAUACAAUUCUUAAUCAGGGCCCUCAAGAUUUUCUUUUGUCUAUUCCUAAAAUAACUUUGAAAAAUUAUAAAAACAUUAUAUAUAACGUUGAUAAUAUUUGUGAUUUAAGUAAUCUUGAAGAAAAACAAAUAAUCGAUUUAAUUGGUCAAGAAUCAGGAAAGGCUGUUUAUUCAUUUUUUAAUAAAACUAUUUUUUGA